AUGAAAUAUUUGUAUAAGACUAUCUUUCUUUUACUUAUUAUUAUAAAUGGAAAAUCAUCAGAUGUAUUCAAAGUUCAAAAUAAGAGGAUUCAAGAAGAAGUUAUUGAAAAUAAAUGGGAACCAAUUAGAGUUUAGUAUUAGUUCGGAUAAGAAAAUUAUGAUGGUGAGCACAAAGAUUUCUUUUAAAAUUUAUUUUCAGUUACAACUACAUUUAUAACAAGAUACUUUUUAGUACAAAGAUCGAAUGAGAUGAUUACAUUUGACAUCCUUGAUACUCAAUAUUUUGAGGAAAGAAAUAUUUCAACUUAAUUUGUUAGCCAAAAGUUUGAUGCAGAUCUUGUAAACAUAAAAAUCAUAUAAUAUUUAGCUCAUUUUUGUUGUAUUAAUAACAGACUCAAACCAAAAAUUUAUUGCAAGUUCUACUUAUUUUAAAACUGAUCCAAAAACAAAAAGACCUACAGUAGGUUAUAUAACAUGGAAUACAUUUUUUACGAAUCUGACAAAUGUGACUAACUCAAAUUUCGAAUUAUAUACUCAACUUUUAAUUACAGUAUCUAUGUAUGUUAUGGGUUUCCAUUUUUAAUCAUUUAUUAAUUAUUUCGAUAGUUCAACUAAUAAAUCAUAUCCUGAAGUACUUAUGACUCAGGAUGGAAAUAGUUAUUUAUCUACUCCUAGAUUAACAAAAAAAAUGAAACUGCAUUUUAAUUGCAGUUCUAUUAAUGGAGCAUAGUUAGAAAAUGAAGGAGGACCUAAUUAUGAAUUAUUUCAUUUAGAAAGAAGCUUAUUUUAUAAUGAAAUUUUAACAAGUUCACUUAUGGAAGGAAAUGCUAUUAUAUCUGACUUUACUUUUUCACUAUUUUAAGAUACAGGGUAAUUGUUUAUUCAAUAUAUAGUUUUUAUAAUUUAAUGGAAUAUUCACCAGAUAAUGUACUCUGGGGAAAAAAUAAAGGAUGCGAUUUUUUUACUAAAAAAUGUGAAGGGGAAUUUGAUGAAUUUUGUAAAGUAGAAAAAUAAUAGGGAUGCUCAUUUUUAAAUAAUGGAUAAUCAGAAUGUCAAUCAGACAAUUAUAGUAGUUAAUGCUAAUAUUUUAAAAUCAAAGAGGGUUUUGAUUGUAAAGAUAAAUCAUCUACUGUAAGUGAUUAAAAUUUAGAAACAUUUUAAUAUUUUGGACAUGAUAGCAUGUGUAUUCAAGGAUCAUUAAGUAAAUCUGAAAGUGCUGCAGAUUUAUAAUAAUUUAGUUGUUAUCAAUAUUCAUGUGAUUCAAAUUCUCAAUUAGUGUUAAUUAUAGAUUAAAAAGAAUAUUAAUGUUUAUCAAAAGCUGAAAUAUAAAAUAAAGAAUAUUCUGGAAAGCUUAUAUGUCCCAAAGACCCUGAAGAAUUUUGUAAAUCCCAAAAUGAAUGCUAAGAUUAAUGUAAUUAAAAUGGAUAUUGUUUAAAUAAAUUAGUAAAUACUUUAUAUUAAAUUUUAUAGUGCAUAUGCAAAUAAGGAUAUUCAGGUUCUAGUUGUUAAGAUAAUUGUUCAAAUUUUAGAUACAAAACAGAAUGUUUUGAAAUUUGUCCUAAAGAUACCUAUACAAUUGAGUCUAUUAAAUAUUGUGUUGGUUGUCCAGGAGUAAUUAUUCAAUCAUUUUUAUAUAGAAUUGUUAAGCUUGUUAAAGUUAUAAUAAAUGUACAAUUUGUCGUUCAGGAUACAAAUUAAAUUCAAUAGGAUUUUGUGAUAUCAUAUAUAAUGAUUCUGAUUCAGAGGAAUAAGAUGAAGGUUCAGAAAACCCAGUGACAUAAAAUGAUGAAUAAUACCUAGAAUUAAAUUUCGAUUAUGAAUAUGAAAAUGGGUAUAUCUUAGGAGCAACAAUCAUCUAUUUGAUAUUAUUAUGA